AUGGCGUCUUCAGAGUCCGCUGGGCGCGGCUUCUGGCGAGAUGACGAAAUAGUGGUGGAUAAGGACGGCAUCCCGCACUAUACCGGAGUGCAGCCAGGCUUGAUGCGGGAGUACAGGAAGCGUGUGCUGUUCGCCUUCAGCAGCCUGGAGGGCAGCGGCGAUGACGAGGAAAAGGAGAAGCGGUCGCUUCUCAAGAAGCAGUGCCGCUUUGCCAAGAAGCUGGUGGAUGGGCUUCACGGUGAGGCCUGGCGUGCUUGCCAGGAUUUGGUGGCGAAGCCGGAAGAGCUUCGGGUGCCAGACGGCUACAAGAAGGUCUUUGCAGCCCUGCAGCAGAUCGAGAAGGUAUCGGUUAUCAAGGCCACGGAGGCUUUCGACACCUAA